UUUGCUCACCCCUACUCUACAGGACAUGAUGUUAAUGAGGUCUAUGGCCUCUUUCUUUGCCGUGGCGAUGUCAGUGUCAAAGUUUGCCUAGAAUGUGUGAACCUUCUAAGAAACGAAGUAGUCCAAAGAUGUCCAAUCCAGAAGGAGGCUAUCAUAUAUUAUGAUCUGUGCUUCCUGCGCUACUCAAACAGUAACAUCUUCUCCAGGUUCAGCCAAACGUCUUGGGUUGUCUUGUUGAAUACACAAAAUAUAGCUGUUGAUGUACAAUUUAACAAGCGAGUGAAUGAUUCUAUAUCUGAUGCUGCUAAAGAAGCUGCAAGAGCGCCAUCAGGUGAAAAAAAGUUCGCAGCCAAAAAAGUGAUUUAUACGUGGGAAGAAUCUCUAUACGUUCUUGUGCAGUGCACACCGGAUCUAUCUAAAUAUGAUUGUAAUCGGUGUCUUAACCUAACUAUCUCCUACAUAUCAGUUUGGAGUAAAAAUGCGCAAGGAGGAAGAGUCUUGUUUCCAAGCUGUAAUUCUCGAUUUGAAAUUUAUUCUUUUUACAACGAAACUGCCGUUGUUCCCCUCCCUCCACCACCACUGUCACCACCACCACUGUCCCCGCCAGUUGUUCCCCUCCCUCCAUCUCCAGGCUCAAUAGCAGAUGGAAAAGGUUCUAUUUUCUUCUUUAUCAUUCCAAAAUCCUUCUUUAUCAUUUCUUUAAUAUGA